AUGACAGCUACUCAGAAACACUACCUCUUCACGCCGGAACCCCACUAUGUGCCAGGCUAUGCCGGCUUCUACCCGCAGCUGCGCUACCAGGUGGGGAACACCUACGGGCGGACCACGGCACAGCUGCUCACAGACCCCAGCGUGCAGAAGAGCCCGUGCUCCGUGCUGUCCCCCAUCUCCAAGCCCAAGUUCGUCGAGGACUUCAGCAAGCCCCAGCCGCCCUUGAUCCCCUGCCGGGACCUGGCCGAGCCCUACAUCCCCCACUACACGGGUCUGAAACCCUUCAAGAACUUCGAGGUCCUGGGCCAGUUCUCCCCGCAGCUGGCGGAGGCUGAAGGACUUCCGGGCGAAGAGAGCGCGUGCUGGCAGGUCCCACUGCCUCCGGGCUUCAUGCCCUACCCACCCUACCCCCCGUGCCCACCGGGCAGGAAGGUGGACUCUGGGGACCUCGGGCACCCGGGCUUGCGUCUGGCAUAUGGGGAGGAGGCCUGGAGGCCCACCACCCCCCUCCGAGAGACCCCUGGGCAGCACCAGCUGUACCACUGCAGGAGGGAUGAGUGCCCCAGCCCAGGGCACCAGCAGGUCGAGACCCUCGACGUAGCCAGGUUCCACAGACUGCCCCAGCUGGACCACCCCAACCUGAUUCAACGCAAGGCCAUCUCAGGCUACGCUGGCUUCAUCCCCCGGUACGCCUGGGUGAUGGGGAUGAAUUACCAAAACGGGGUCACACAGGCCAUGGACGAGUUUGACAAAAGCCAGUUCAUGUCUAGAAACCCCAUCUGUGCCCUGGGCAAGAGGCUGCCCCAAACGUAUUGGCCCAGCAACACCAUCUACAACAGCCAGGGCCUGAUACCCUUCUACAUGGGGUUCAUACCAUACAUGCAGGACCACUACGGGAUGACCUUUGGCAACAGCACCCGCCAGGCCUACCGGAAGGAAUGCAAGAGGAAGCACCAGGCACUAUGAAAAUGCUUUAAUGGUGUCUGUACAACUCAGAUGUCAAGACAGGAAGGAGAGCAGUGCACACAGUGAGACAGGAUCAUGAGGACAGGCUGAGAGUGAAUAAAGAGUUCUCACGCUUCCGGUAGCAGGUGCUCUAGGCCACCUCCUCCUCGGCCUCCUCUUCAAACUCGCCCUCCUCCUCGGCCGUGGCGUCCUGGUACUGCUGGUACUCGGACACCAGGUCGUUCAUGUUGCUCUCGGCCUCGGUGAACUCCAUCUCGUCCAUGCCCUCGCCCGUGUACCAGUGCAGGAAGGCCUUGCGCCGGAACAUGGCCGUGAACUGCUCGGAGAUGCGCUUGAACAGCUCCUGGAUGGCCGUGCUGUUGCCGAUGAAGGUGGCCGACAUCUUCAGCCCCCGCGGCGGGAUGUCGCACACGGCCGUCUUCACGUUGUUGGGGAUCCACUCCACGAAGUAGCUGCUGUUCUUGUUCUGCACGUUGAGCAUCUGCUCGUCCACCUCCUUCAUGGACAUGCGGCCCCGGAACACGGCAGCCACGGUCAGGUAGCGGCCGUGGCGCGGGUCGCACGCGGCCAUCAUGUUCUUGGCGUCGAACAUCUGCUGGGUGAGCUCGGGCACCGUCAGGGCCCGGUACUGCUGGCUGCCCCGGCUGGUGAGGGGGGCGAAGCCGGGCAUGAAGAAGUGCAGGCGGGGGAAGGGCACCAUGUUGACGGCCAGCUUGCGCAGGUCGGCGUUGAGCUGGCCGGGGAAGCGCAGGCAGGUGGUGACCCCGCUCAUGGUGGCCGACACCAGGUGGUUGAGGUCCCCGUAGGUGGGCGUGGUCAGCUUGAGGGUGCGGAAGCAGAUGUCGUAGAGGGCCUCGUUGUCGAUGCAGUAGGUCUCGUCCGUGUUCUCCACCAGCUGGUGGACCGAGAGGGUGGCGUUGUAGGGCUCCACCACCGUGUCCGACACCUUGGGCGAGGGCACCACGCUGAAGGUGUUCAUGAUGCGGUCGGGGUACUCCUCCCGGAUCUUGCUGAUGAGCAGCGUGCCCAUCCCGGACCCCGUGCCCCCGCCCAGCGAGUGCGUCAGCUGGAAGCCCUGCAGGCAGUCGCAGCUCUCAGCCUCCUUCCGCACGACGUCCAGGACGGAGUCCACCAGCUCGGCACCCUCCGUGUAGUGCCCCUUGGCCCAGUUGUUGCCGGCGCCACUCUGACCUGCAAGAGAGGGCAGCGGGUCACUCUGUGGCCAGGCACGUGUCACC